AUGUUCGUUUCUGAUACACAUUUACUCGGCUCACGUGAAGGCCAUUGGUUUGACAAACUGCGGCGCGAAUGGCAAAUGUAUCGAUCAUUUCAAUCUGCAAGAUUUCUCUUUGAUCCGCAUGUAGUAUUUUUCCUGGGCGAUGUAACUGAUGAAGGAAAAUGGUGUUCAGAUAAUGAAUGGGAAGAAACAGUGCAACGCUUUCAUUCCUUAUUUGCUGUUCCAACUGAUACGAAAGUGUAUGUUCUGGCAGGGAAUCAUGAUGUUGGCUUCCACUAUGCGGUAUCGGAUGGUCGUUUAAAACGAUUUGAAUCAUCAUUUCAAGCGCCACAUGUUCGUUUGAUCACGAUUGACAAUAAUGAUGACAAUCUUUAUUUUAUAUUAAUCAAUUCCGUAGCAUUCGAGGGUGACCAGUGUCGGUUAUGUACGCGCGCUGAAAACGAACUCAAUGAAAUUGUUCAAGAAUUAAAACAAGUACGAACAUGGACACGACCCAUCUUAUUGUCCCACUUCCCAUUGUAUCGUUCAUCAGAUGAAAAUUGUACACGAUACAUACAGUCUUCUUCGUCGUUUACUUCAUCUCGAUUCACUUUGCUCAAAGAACGUUAUGAUGUCUUAUCUCAAGAAGCAUCCCAGCAUCUAUUAGAAACAAUACAGCCUCGUCUUAUAUUUACAGGCCAUACACAUGAUUUUUGUUAUACUCGACAUAUAGGAACCAAUGGUCGAAUCAUUCCCGAAUGGACAGUGCCAUCAUUUUCUUGGCGUAAUCGUGACGAUCCAUCGUUGAUGUUAUUAUCGAUAACAACGAAUAACGAACGAGUGUCACAUUGUUAUCUACCUCGUGAAUCAACUGUAUUUUGGUCGUAUGGAAUUGGUAUUUUCCUUUUGAUCUGCUAUAUACUUUUUGGUGGACGAAGACCAUUCUAUUUGAUUGCUUUUUGUUUUCUCAGAAGACAAAUUCGCUUCUAA